AUGUCUUUGAGUCCGUUUUUGCCGCACCGAUGCGGCCGUAACUAUUGGGAUGUCUGGGAUUGGCCGCAGUCUAUCUUCGGGCAACAUUUCGCCCUCGAUUGGAAUGAAGUCGACCAUUGGAUUCAAUCCCGAGUGGACGGACGUAUGGGACAGUUGACGGGACGCAGCGGCCAAUCGCAGGUCUCCAACACCUCUGACCAGUUCUCCGUACGACUCGAUUGCAGUCACUUUAAGCCCGAAGAGAUCGAAGUGCGAACUCAUGACAAUUGGGUCUCAAUUCAUGGCAAACACGAGGAGAGAACUGAUAGUCACGGAUGGGUUAAACGCGAGUUCACCCGUCGGUACGCUCUGCCCGAGGGAUGCGAUGCCGAGACUGUUGUCUCACAUUUGGACUCAAAAGGUAUCCUCAAAGUGGAGGCACCGAAGAAACCGUUGCCACAAAUCAAAGACAACGAACGCGUGGUUCCCAUCGCUAUCACCGCCGAUGACGACAAGUAA